AUGCUGUAUGUGAAUGAGAAUGGCAAGAGUGGAAAAGAGAGGAUCAUAGCUCGGUGCCAGAGUCAUUACAAAGACAUCAACAGAAAAAUUUCCAGUUUCAUUGGCUGUUACAGUACUGCAUGUAGGGAGAAGCAAAGUGGUUGGUCUGAUGAAAACUACAUAUCCAAAGGCAGGGAGUUGUACUUUGAGAAAAUGGGUACAUCGUUUAAUUUGGUGGAUGAGUGGAAGGUUGUUCGCAAUCAACCAAAAUAUAUGCCAGGAGUAGCAGUAUCGGGUAGUAGCGGUUCGAAAAGAAAGAGUAGUAGUGAAGAUGUUGAAUCCUCCGCUCCUACCCUCGUAUGUCCUGAGGGUAGGGACACGACAAAGAAGAAAGCUAGAGCUUCGUCCAGUAAACCAAGGAAAUCGAAGCUCGAACUUCAGGAUGAGUUAUCCAAUAUAGUCACCUCUCAUGAAAAGACGGAAGCGAAAAGAGCAAGUACUUUGAAAAGACGAAGGGUUGAAUUGACCACUCUAUGCAAUUAA